AUGGCAACAGAGGAGGAGGUUGAGCGGCUGAGGCGUCAGCUGAGGGAGAGAGAGGAGCAGGUCCAUCAGGCUGCUCAAGCUGGCCUGAAUCUUCUCAACCAGCAGAUGGAGCUUCAGAAUAGACUGGAUGAGCAGAGAGUAGAGAUGACUAAUGCACUCGAGGUACGCUGCACUCAGAGAAGGUCUGCUUCAAUUGCACAAACAAGGAAAACACGGUCUCAUAGCUCUAAGAUAACUCUCACACUCAUGUUUUUUGGGGGGACCUAGUGUUUGUUUUUGUCUCAUACCGUAAAGUCUCAGAAAGUUAUAGAUUCUAAAUUGUCACUUUUCUGUCUGUGAUUUGUGUGUCAAAGGCCCUCGAGCAAGAGAAGUAUUCCCUGCAGAAAGAAGUUGAGUUAAAGAGUCGGAUACUGGAGUCUCUGCAGUCCGACUGUGACAGUGUGAAGAACCAGCAGAAACAGCAGCUUCAGGAGCAGCAAGAACAUCUGGAGAGGAGCCACAGCGCAGCACUCAGUGAGCUUAACAACAAGGUACGACAAGUGUACGUCUGCUCUUUUCUGCUCUGCAUGAAAGGCUUUUCUCGUUGCAUUGAUUCUUUUUUCCCUUUCUAGAAAGAUGUUUUUAGAAAUGGAUGAACCUCCCUAUGUGCCCUUGAAUACAACACAAUUCUUAUUUUAAAAAAAAAUAAGAAACUUUAUCAAAUCUAAACGGUCACUGUCUGGAGUUUUGACUUAAAUUUUGUUAUAAUGUGGAGAAUACUGAAAUUUAGUAUUGAAAGCACCAACAGCCACUUCCUGAAAUCUUAAUUCAUUAAAAAUCCAUCUAAAACAUGUUAAUGGCUAGGAUGCCCACGUGCAUUGAAUUUGAAUGUUCAUGGAAAAAUGAAUCUGUACAUGGCAUCCUUUUUUUCAUUUUAUCUUUAUUUUAACCAUAUAAUAUUUUUCUUUCCAGAAGUCCUUUUUGACAUUAUUUUACUGAAUCACACAUACUACUCCAUCUAGACUGAUUUGAUCAAAUGUUCACUCACGUAUGAUCAUUUUCUUUUUCAUUUGUGAGUAUUAUUAAAUUGUUGAAUUUGUCAAACGCUGAAAAAAAGAAAAAGAAGCUUAAAAAAGUGUGAUAUCGGCAUCAUAUAUCAGCCAUCUGCUUGACCUGCUGUCUCAUAAUCAGUAUUGGCGUUGGUCAACCUCGAAUCAUGAAGUAUGGGGUAUGUUUCUUUUUUGUUUUCAGAUUCUGAGGCUGCAGUCGUCUCUGGAGGAAUCACAGCUGAGUGAGAAACAGCUGAAACACAAACUGGAGGUCCAGACGGAGACCCUGAAUCACAAGAUGGAGGAGCUUCGAGCUCUGAACCAAGACACACAAAGCUCCAUGACGUCUGAGAUGAUGGAGGUGCAGAUGAAGAUCAUGGAGCUGGAGGCUGUUAAGGUGAGGGGGGAAAGGCACAGUCAACGAGGUGACCCUCUAUCCUCCUGUUAUCUGAAGUUAUAUUACAUGGUCACUUCAGAGUUUUCCUGUGCCUCUUAGGUGGAGUUGGAGCAGACGUUGCAGGAGUGUCAGUACAGAGAGCAGCAGCUAGCUCUGACCAACAGCGGUCUGCAGAGACAACUGGAGAGAGUCACAGAGGAGAAGGAGGAGAGAGAGAAAGAGGCUGUUUCCUGGUUUAAUGCAUUAGAGGUAAACAGAAAAAAAUCAACAUUGUACUACACAGAGAUAAAUACAUUUAAUCGAUUUACUUUUGGUCAUCAACGUGAUUAAAAUUUUAAAAUCUGUAAAUAUUGAUCUGAUUUUUAAAUGGGCUAGUUUUUAGAAUUUAAUACUGUCAUGGUCCCCCUUUAUCAGAUGAAUGUGACUAAUUGGAGUUUUGCAGUUUUUUUACCCCUCCUGAGAGAAUGUCCCAACCUGUGAUGGAUAAGUUUGUGAAAUAUCUCCAGUACAUCUUGUAGUUAAUUAUUGCUGCUUUCCUAGUACCUUUUAAUAAAAGUCACUUGAGGCAGAGACUAGGUGCUGUAUAUUUGUGUGACAUGCUGCUGCUGUUCCAAAGAAGCACACAGUUCAUCGAAGUUUUCGGUGCUUUAAUUACAGAAAAACGCUUCGACAGUGACCGGUGAUUACACGCGCACAGCCGAUGUCAUAUGUGUACACUUUGCGACAUGUAUCAUUGCAAACAAAAGGACAUAAAGCCUGUCAACAAAAAAUUACGGCUACCUAAGCUCACCUCUCCACCACAGUGCGGGUGAGACCGCCCCUUAUAUAAACUACCGGCUUUCAAACUCAGUGCCCACAUGACCCAAGCCCAGCGAAACCAAUAGCAACAAGACAAAAGUAAUCGAACACAGGAUAACCAAUAAGCAAAGCAACUUUAUGGCUCCGACAUUAAUAGUUUAUACAAAACAGUUAAAUAAUUACAUAGGUGGGUGAAAUGGUACCAGACAGUACUGUCUUUUCAGAAGAAGGAAGGUGUAUUGAAUUAAGAGCAGCAGGGUUACAGCACAACAGAGGAUAUAUUAGAUUUCUCCUUUUCCAUAAUCAAACAGGCUGCCGUAGUGCAUCAGGCUCCUUAUUUGAAUGUUUCUUUCUUUUCUUAAAUCCUUCAGAACCAGAUUUGGGACCAGUAUUGUUUUAUAAUGAUAACCGACUGCAAGAGCACGCUGAGUUUCUAAGUAUGAUCCUUCUUUUUUUGCAUCUUUCAGAAAUCCCGAGAGACAAACAGGGAUCUCCAGAUCCAGCUGGACCAGGUUCUACAGCAGGCUCAAGAUCCCAACAGCAAAGGGAACUCCCUGUUUGCUGAGGUAGAAAUCAAAAAGAGUCAUUAACAGAAAAAUUGAAUAAUCUUGAUUUUUGUAGCCACCAGUCAUAAAUUCUCCAGAUUUCAGCUUAACAUAGAUGGCAGGCAUCAAUUUGCACCCAAACCUUUGAGUUACAAAGUCCACUUUUGAACUUUCUGUUGCGGUUGUAGUUGGAGGAUAAGCGAGCUGCCAUGGAGAGACAGCUGAUCAGUAUGAAGGUCCAACAUCAGUCUCUGCAGAAACAAUAUGCCUUUAGUAAGCAGCAGCAGCAGCGCAUGAAGGUAUGACCUGUAAUAACUGUUCAAUAACAGCCCCAUAUGUUCCGAAUAUUAGGGUCUUUUAUUAGUAACGUACAUGAGCACAUGAAUAUGUAUGUGUCUUACAGGUCCAGAUUGCCACUCUGAUGCAGCUGCAGGGCUCCAGAGCUGAUCCAGCUCAGCUGGAGAGACUGCAGUCGAUGCUGACAGAGAAGAACGGAGAGAUCCAAAAUCUGAUGACUAAACUACAGAGACUGGAGAAGAUGGAGGUAGACCUGGAAUACCCACAAGUCUAUAAUAGUAGACAGAUAAAAUAAAUGUAAAAUCAAAGCAGAAAUCUGAACUGGAUUUUAAGCUGGUGUACGUAUGUUUCUGUAGAUGAUGACAAAGUCUCAGCCAGCUCCAGCAGAAAGCAGUGACAGCCAUGAUGAAACAUACUACACCGACCUGCUCAAAAUGAAGCUCAACAACACAAUGUGAGUUCAGCUGUCAAAAUAGUGUGUCUGUCAUUUGCAGUGUAUUUGUUUUUGUCCUUAAUGCUGAAAAUUGUUUGCAUGUGUGUCUAUGUUCAGGAAGGAUGUUGAGAGUCUUGGAAAUGAGCUUUCCCUACAGAGGAUGAAAUCUUUGUCUGAGAGUCAGAGAGCUUUGGAGCUGGAGAGGAAACUCUUCUCAUCUGACCGGCUGCUCAAACAGGUAACAUGAAGCUCCAACUAUCAACGUGUUUCUUUAUUGAUACAUAAACGAAAAAACAAAAAAGUAAAGCAGGAUAAAAAGCAGGAGAGGUUUGCACACACAGUGAACCAGGAGUUUGUGUGUGUUUGAGGUAAUUGAAACAUACCAUCAGCUUGUGAAUUGACUGUUUACUCUUACCUGUCUGCUCUGUAAUGAAAGAUCUACAGGCACUGAGACUUUCCUACGGAGCCCGGGAGGUGACAUAAACUUUUUUUUUUUAAUUCGCAUGUGCGAUUUAGUAUCUUGCAAGUGCGUUUUAUUAUGCCACAGGUGCGAUUUAACUGUUCGUUAAUAACAAAAUCACUUCCUGCAAGUCCGAAUAUCGCCAACGGCAAAGUCGCUGUGCUUCAAGGAUCCUGAUGAGAUGUCUUCUACUCAAAAGAAUACCAAAUAUGGUGAAGCUAUUAAGUAUCUCUUUGUAAGUCAUACCUAAAUGAAAGAAAAUGUUGAUCUCUGUCCAUGACAUUGUCCUUCUACUCUUACAAAUGAGGCGCACAGAGGAUUUAUAAAAAAUGCAUGCGCAAGGUACAAAUAAAAUGCACGCUCAAGAUAUUAAAUCGCACAUGGGAAUUAAAAGUUGAUGUUACCUCCUGGGCUCCGUGCUAUUUUCCAGAGUUUAUCAGUAAAUAUAUUUACCUUUAAUUUGAAGAGCAGGCUGACAAUGAAGGAGGCCUGACAACAGUUCAGAUAUAAAAAUAAGCAGUCAAAAGAUGACUACUAGUGUUUCAAAAUAACUCUAAUUGCUAAUUUGAUUUUUGUUCCAUGAAAUCCCAUCUGUCCUACAGAGCAUACACCUUAUAAUCAAAACAAUCACAAUAACUUGAAACAGUUUUGCUGAUAGCCACCUUUAACACACUUUUAGAAUAGUGUUACUUUUUUGCUCAGGUUGAAGAGGAUGAGUCCACUUCUACUACCUCUGCUCCUCUCAUAUUUUUCCCCUUGUCCAGUGGACCUCUUCCUCAUGAGUCAAAACUAUAAUUAGCAGAUUUUACAGAGUUUUAGGGAUACUCUUUGAUCUGAUCAUAUUUCUGUUAUUUACUGCAGGCUCAGAGUGACAAGUUCAAACUGCAGCUUCGAGUGGAGGAGCUGCAAAACAAAUAUGAACCAAAAGGUAACAAAAGUAAUACUCAACAAUGUUUCCACAGAGUCUCUGAAGUCAUGGAUGUAAACCCGAGGACCUGUGUCCCGUUUUUUAAAGAUGCUGUGUGACUCUGACAUGUUUUGUUAGAUUCAAAGAAAAAUGUGAAUCUGAAGCGGAGGAAAGAGAAGCUACCUGUUGACACAGCGCCCUCCUCUGAAGAUACUUCUCAUCAGAAAGUGGAGCAGGUUUUGUCAGUGAAGGUGGAUGUCACAAACACAGAGACUGCAGAAUCGGACACUUGUCCUACUGCUGAGACACUGAGCUCCAAGCAAGAUGUGAAAAGUGAAGGUCAGUAGUGGACUGAUACAGAGUCAGAGCAAGUGUUAGUCGAGCGUCAAGUUUUCAGUGUUUGUGAAUCAUCACUGCUUUGUGUUGCAGUCUCAGAAGCUGAACAGCAGCCCGCAAAGUGUGUAAAGAUCAGCAGAGAAGAGCCUGUUGUGAUUCCAAACCCCAGGUCAGUGUGUGUGUGUGUGUGUGUGUGUGUGUGUGUGUGUGUGUGUGUGUGUGUGCGUGUGCGUGUGCGUGCAUGUGCGGAAGAGUUUGGGGGCCUGGAAACCUGGAAAAAACAAGGCCAAUAGUUGUCUGAAACUUGCAGGGAAUUUGCUGUUGGAUGCCAAGUUCGAAGAUUGUACUUGAAAGGCAGAGUGGACAGUUUAAACCAUUUGACCCUGUAUAAUCCCUCAUUCACAUUUGAGGACCAUGAUCCAGACUCAGAAACCCGGGACUGUCAUCAAAGAUCUGGAUAUUCCAAACACAUUUGGUUCCUGCCAGUUUUGUCCAAUCUGAGCUACUGUAGAGAACAUGGCAGUGUGACAUGGCAGCCUCCAGACCGAGGACCUGCUGCUUUUUCUGAGUAAUUAGAGAUGAAGCGAUUAUGACGUUACAAUCAGGGUAAACUAAUUUGAACAGACUUUUGAAUGAUAUGUUCUGUUUCUGGAAAAAUGCUGCUAAAUUCUUUUAAAGGUUUUCAUGAGGGCAAGUAAGAAAACAACACAAUUCUGGCUUCAGAGAAACCUUCUCACCAUUAAACGCCUUAUAAGCAUUAUUAACUCUAUUUGUAGUAUGGGGAAUUUUUGUUAACUCUUUAGCCUCAGAAGGAGAACGGUUAUACACACCAGGAAAAAUGUGAUAGCUACAACCACAAAGACUCAGAUCUUUCUGUAUGAAUGUCUUGUGUACUGACACUGUCUUGUGUCUGUUCUGCUCACAUUAUUUUUAUUUUUGAGUGAUUUUAAGGUCAUGUCAUAGCUUUCGCUUGAUUUUUUUGGUAAUAGAAAUGAUCAUAAAAAACUUAAAUAUCCAAAAUAAAAAGUGAGAAAUAGCUUAUUUUGUGCCUAAACUAUGAUAUAAAGUUGCUACAAUGUGAAUUUGUGAUGCCAUCCUCAGUUCUGCUGGGAGUGACUGUGAAGACAAGGAGAUGAAAAUCCAGCUGCAGAACAAGAGAGAGGAGAGGAGGAAAAAAAAGAGGACAGUGGAGGCUAUUGAUGUGGGCUCUACCCGAACCAUGGAGAAUGAGUGUGCUCAGCAGUAG